GUUGUCCCGUCUAACACAAACACAAUCGGCAGGAUACUUGCUUUGUCAAAGGAGCCCGGUCUGAAAUAAGCCGGGCGCCGAUAUAUGCCGAAACGUAGCAGGAGUACGUAGCUUAGCUGCGGCCACGACUAGUUUGUGAGAAGCGGCCAAAUGGCCCAAAAGGUUGACAAGAAAAGCGAGCAAAUCAAAAGCCCCCACCUGGCAGGCACCGGGAGGCCACCACCUGUCAGUCACGGUCACACGGAGCUGCCGUAUCUUUCGCUAGCCCCAAAAGAAAUUAUCAGCAAUCACACUGAGCGGCCCGAUCUUAAUUUCUCAAUUAACCCCCACAAAAGCCGGGCCAUCAAUUAGGACAGCGACGUCGCCAUCGUCUCCCUCUGUUUCGGCCCCGCGAAGGUAAAACGAAGGAGGUGAACUCGAUCAGCCGCUGCAACUAAUACCACUACUGAUAUUAGCAUGCUUAAUUAGUUAGGUGGAGUCUUGUUGUUUGCUCCUCAGGCGACAGCUCAUCGCAAGCCAUACACACACUCUCCCGCUCAAACAACGCGGUCUGGCUAGCUGCCUGCAUGCGCGCGGCGCCGCUCCUCUCUUCUCCCAUGGAGAGAGAGAUCAGCUUUUCACCAUGGCGGACCUCACGCUUCUCCCCCGCUUCUUUACUAGCGCAUAUAUACCUCCCGCCCUCCUGGCCUCAUGCCGGAUCUCACGCUUCCAGUUCUCCUCGUGCGUUUCUUGACACCUACACCUACCUAGCUCUCCUCUUCCAGACUUCCAAUCCACUACUCUCAGUCUCUGCCCACAGCACACACAUCGAGACGACGGGUACUUAACCGCUUACCCGCCGCCCCGCAUACACCUGCGCUGCGUGCACCAUAGAUUAGCUAGUUCCAUAGGAUAGGCGCACUGCAGCUCUGGCAUGCGUGUAGGUAUAUAGAGAGGGGCGUGCCCUAAUGGUAGUACAUGGCUGAGAAGCCUUGUGCAACCAGCUCCUCGUCUGCUGCUGCUGAUCCUCUUCAGGUGCAAGUGCAAGCUGCUGCUGCUGGCCCGGCGACCGAACUUUCCCCGCGCAAUCCUACCUCGCCCAAUUCCUCGCCUGCUCACCUAGGCGACACGGUGGGGACAACAACGGCGUUGGCGGCGACGAGCUCCGGGGAGCCGUCGCCGCGGUCCACCGGGAAGCACCCCUUCUACCGCGGCAUCCGGUGCAGAAACGGCAAGUGGGUCUCGGAGAUCCGCGAGCCGCGCAAGGCGCGCCGCAUAUGGCUCGGAACUUAUCCGACUGCAGAGAUGGCUGCCGCGGCCUAUGACGUGGCCGCCCGCGCGCUGCGCGGCUCCGACGCCGUGCUCAACUUCCCCGGCGCCGCCUCCUCGCGCCCGGUCCCCGCGUCUACCUCUCCUGAGGACAUACGCGCGGCCGCAGCUGCAGCCGCGGCAGCUGCCCAGCUUUACAGACCGCACGGCGAGGAGGCGCCUGAUGGCACUGCUUCGAUUGCCGCGACAGCGGAGGAACAGAGACAUCAAGGCAUGAUGGCAAGGGAAGGCGCCGCCGAUGGCCGCACGCCGUACCAUCAUCAGAUGGGCAAUGAGGAUUUCAUGGACGAGGAGGCCAUCUUCGAGAUGCCGCAGAUGCUGCGCAACAUGGCGGCGGGCAUGAUGAUGAGCCCGCCAAGGCUGAGCCCCACCGCCUCCGACGAGUGGCCAGAACCGCCGGGGGCCGGGGAGAGCCUGUGGAGCUACCACGAUCCCUAGUAUAUUACAUUUGCUGAAGCCGGUGAGCUGGUUAUUGGUACGUACGUACUCCACUACUACUAUACCAGUUACUAAACCUAAUUAAUCCGGAGUGGAUACAUGGACCCCGGCCGUUGCGGGGCAUCGUCCUCUAUCUGGUAUAUAUGUCUGUGCCAUAACAGUGGCAUCACUAGGCGCUGGCCUGCGAUAUUAUAGCUGCUACCUAGAUAGUACUCGCCAGUUACGUCAGAUUCGAUAUUAUGUUCUUGCUAGCUACGUACGGUCAUUUUCGCACAUAAAGUCCGCUUGUUGAUUCGCUUGGCUUAUUGCUCGUUUUACUAUGAGAGCAAGCAGGCACCACGUACCUUUUUCUUCCUUUUUUUCUUCUAUAAAAAGUGCCGGGUGGAUCGCACAUCACCGCGAGACUAAUGCAUUGUAACUUUUGUAACUGUAGACAUAAAAAUAUUUGGCGGUGGAUAAA